GCAACAGCAGCGAGCACAUUUUUCCCGUGGAAAAAUCGCAUACAUACACAGCCACGCACGCACACGGACGCGAGGACGGGAGGAAAACUAACACACAUACUCGUACAAUCACACACAUACACCUAGAAAUACAUAUAUACACACACACGUACGCACACUGUAGCAGAGCGCGAAAAUCAUGUCCAGCUGGGCCGAACGCGUUCACAGGCGUGCCGCCGAUCUUGGCAACGUGGUAACCUCCUGCGGCCAUCCCGCCACCGCCCCCGCCUACCCCUACCGCCUCGAGAAGGUGAAGUUUGGUGUGCCACUGGAGGAGGUGUGCAAGCACAACAACAUUCCCGGACCGCUGCUCGUCCUAAUCCUCAAACUGAACAAGGAGUCACCGAAUCGCCAGAAUGUAUUCCGUGCUCCCGGCCAUCAGGGCGCCAUGAAGAAGCUCAUCCAUUUCCUGCAGUCCGGCCGACUGGUGAACGUCGACAACUACUCGGUCUUCACCAUAGCCAGUGUGCUGAAGAAGUUCCUGCGCAAGAUCCCCAAUGGGAUCUUUGGCCGCAGCGGCGAGAUGGAGUUGUUUGCCAUCAACGAGCUGCAGAACGAAGCCGAGCAGAUGGAGCGAUUGCACAGACUCUUCGCUUCACUGCCCAAGUACACACAGCAUCUGUUGGUUCUACUGUUUGGAACAUUCCGGGUCAUAGCCAGCAAUGCGGCCCACGCCUCCACCGGAAUGACCAGCGAGGCCCUGGGUGUCUCGGUGGCGCCCAGUUUCUUUCAAUCCUGCGUCAGCGAUGGGAAGACGGCGCGUAUGGAGGAUGUGCUCAAGUUCAAGGUUGCCACCAAGAUCAUGCAGAAUAUAAUCGACAAGUUCGCCACCCACGACAUCUUCGGGCGGGAGAACUACCAGUACUAUGCCCGCGUCACUGGACGCAUCCUGAAGGUGCAGGACGAGUGGAUAUGCAGCUUCCAGUAUCCACCGCCGCCACGUGGCAAGCUGGCCCAACAGAAGUAUGCCUUGCAACAUUCUUUGGAGGCGGAGAAGACCUGGCUGCAGUGCCAAUGCGAGCGUUGGGGCUUACUGGCCCAGGAGGAGUCCCGCUCGACGCCCGCCCUGCUGACCAGCUCCAGCUCGGCGCUGGAGAACAGUGUGCUGUCGCUGGGCGUGUCCCCGGAGCACUCCUUCAUCGAGAGCUGUGCCCGGCUGUCGGUCUCGCUGGAGGGUCCCGGCAUCUUCGCCAUGACCUCGUCCCCGCUGCCGGCCAAGCGAAACGGAAACGGCAAUGGCAACGGCAACGCCACAGACUACGAUUACGACGACUAUGCCGACGACGACGAGGACAACGAUGAGCUGGACGGCGUCCACGACUUUGGCCCCGAGCUGGAGAUCAGCAGCAUAGCUCCGCCGCAGGGCAGCCGCGGCAUCUACCGCCACAAGCAGCGCCUCCAGCAGCCGAACCCCUACCAGCAGCACCACCAGCCGGCCCAGCAGCCGGACUACGAGGACGACGACGACGACGAUGAGGACGAGCUGACGGUGGUGAAGCGUCGCUACCGCCAGAACAAGAAGAAACAGCUGCCCACCAGCGGGAGCCACCACCAGAGGCGACUGCGCGCCGGCACCAAGAGCCUGGACGGCGGCGGCGAGCGACGCCCCGCCGGCUCGGGAGCUGCGGCCGGACCGGGAGACGGCGCUGGCGGGAAUCCCACGCCACCCAAGCUCAAGCAGCGCACCUGCAGUCGCUGCAACCGGGGCAUACGGCACAGCAGCUCGUGCAGCUCGAAUUCCGCCGGAGCCACCGGCUCGAACUGCGCCGGAGGAGGAGGACCCGGAGCCGGGAACGGCGGGGGAGCCGAGGGCGGCAUGACCAUGGAGGAGCUGAGGGCCGUCAACCGCUAUGCGGAGAGCACCAAGAGCCUCUCGUAUCUGCCACAGGUCCAUGAACGCCAAACCGCACGCAUGCGCACCCGCUCCGAGUGGUUUCUGGGUCCUCGGGACGCUGUCGUGACGCUGCAGUUGCCGGCGGACACGUGCAGCAACUGCUGCCUGGCCGCCGCCGCCGGCUACCUUGGAGGCGGCAGCACCCGCGACAUGCGCCAGGCCCAGUCGGAGGGCGAGCGUAGCCAGGCGGCGCUGCUGUAUCACUUCUAUCGCAGGCAACAGCAGCAGCAGGAGCAGGACCAGGAGCAGCAGCAGCAACAACAUCCUCCGUUCGAGGACAUGAUGGACACGGAGGAUAGCUACGGACAGCAGCAGAGGGAGCAACAGCAGCAACAGCAACAGAUACAUUCCAAGGGCCUAUUGCGGCCACCGCCCAUGCAACAUCAGCAGCACCAGCAGAACCAGAACCAGCAGCAGCAACGUCGCCUGCUGCUGGACGUCAAUUCGGUUGGCAACAUCCGUUUGAGUAACAGCGCCGAGUCCAUUCAGUAUGCAGCCCGACGACCCCACGCCAGCAACAUCGCCAGCCUCCAGAUCAAUCCGACGCUCGGCGGCGCCACCAAUACCCACAAUCCCACCACCCGGCGCCUGCUCAUCAAUGUGCCGCGCCAGUACCGCUCCUCGCUGCGUCGCAACAAGGAGAAGCAGAUCGGCGGCAAUAGUCAGAGCAACAGUAGCAAUAGCCUGGGCAGUGACCAGCUGACCGGCAAUCCUGGAGCAGCGACUGCCGAUGGCUACCAGGCGAUAAACAAGCCCCUUCUGAUGGUGGGCCUGCUCCCGGGCGCGGAACAGCCGCCGUCGGUGAGGAACUCCAUUGCCGAGUGCGGGAUGAGCACCAUCGAUGCCAGCGAGCAGAUGGACGUGGGCGUGGAGUGCAGCACCACGCUGAGCUUCAAGCCGCCGAGGCUGUAACAGGGUGGGGAGGAUGCAAAGACCACCCAAGGACACUGAGGACACUAACCAACCAAUCAACCAUUGCUUUUACCACGAUAAGAUCUAACCAUUUUUUUAAAUGUAACCCAAGCGAGCAAAUUUUUUAAAAUACUUUAUAAUUCGAAAAAGAGAACACAACUGCAGGGGAUUCUUCGCAAAAUAGUUGGAGAUUUAAAAGAAAGAUCACUCUAUAAAGAAAUGUCUUAAAUCUCCAAUGAUUUGCGAGAACCCUUGCGAGGUAAAUACAUCAUCUAUCAUCUAUAUUAGACUACUGCUAAUGAUAUAUGUAUUUAAUGUGUAUAGCAAGAAAAGGCUGAUUUUCUUUAGUUAAAAAAAAAUAACAAAAAUAACUAAAAUUGAAAAAGAAAACUAAACUAUGUAAUGCAACAAAUUGCCAAAUUUUAUUCAGCAUUCAGUUAUGUCGUUUAAGUUGAUUUUAAUGUAUGUGUUAUAGCCAAGAAUCUCUCAAACUUGAACAUUGUCAAGGUAGAUUGUAAACGAAACUUGAACCUGAUCGCAACAAACGAAACAACGACACAAAAACAUAGAAGAAUGCAUUCAAUUCUCAAAGAUUCAGAACAAUCAUGAACCGAUUUCGACCCUACAGGACCCUACUACUAUGGAUAUACGGAGGAAGCUCCAAAUGCAAUCAUAAAA